GUAGAUCAGAACAAAACCUGUUUCGAUUUCUCCCACAAAAUUAACCUUCAUUUCUCUUACAUGGCUGUCCUCACGUUGCUGCUUUUCUUGCUCCCUUUCCAUCUUCAUCUCUUCAAAGCUGCUGAUUCCACAUGCCCAAAAUCCUUCGACUGUGGAAAGUACAAUCUCACGUUCCCAUUUACAGAAGCUGAAAAUCCCGGCUGCGGAUUGAUCACCGUUGAUGGCUGUAAUUCCGAUCCUCCAAAUCCGGUGACUAAAUUAGGUGGUGGAAAUCCUGCUGGUUUUGCUAUUUUAGAAUAUAGUUCAUCAGAGCCAAACAAAAUGGUUAUUAGUGAUAAUCAGCUUGAAGUUCAAUUGUAUAACCGCAGCUGCUUUGCCUUUGUAAACCAAUCCAUGCUUCGAUCGCCUUCUAUAUCGUUCUCAUUCUCUCCUAAUCUCACCCUCUUCCCCUGCUUAACUGAACCUGCUGAUAGAUCUAAAUUUGAUGAUGAUUUCGUAAACUAUAGCAAGAUAGAUUGUCUCUACUCCAUGUACUAUAAAAUUCCAGAAUCCAAAGAGAAAACUGUUGCUCCGAAAGAUUGUUCAUUAGUGCAGCUACCUAUGAAUUCCAGUGGAAAGUCGGAUGAUUUGUUCAGCAUGAUAGCUGCUACUUUUACUCUAGAAUGGAUUGUUUCUGAUGAAUGCCUUAGUUGUUUUAAUGGGGGAGGCCAGUGUCUUACCGUCAACAAUAACAGUUUCUCCUGCAAAGGAUCAGAGGAUACGAGAAUUCGAAGGAUCCUGUUCAUAGGUGGUAUGGCUAUAGUCGCUCUUACAUCCUCUUUAAUGUUUAUAUUCAUUUUCAUUCGGAUGAAACGUGCAAAGGAAAAACAAGAGCACGAUAGAGACAUUGAACUCUUUCUCAAGAACAACGGAAAUCUUGCACCACUAAGAUACAAAUACUCCAGCAUCAAGAAAAUGACAAGUUCAUUCAGCGAAAAUCUAGGAAGAGGAGGAUUUGGUAGUGUCUACAAAGGACAGUUUCCAGAUGGCCAUCUUAUGGCAGUUAAACUCCUGAAUGAAUCAAAAGGAAAUGGGGAAGAUUUCAUGAACGAGGUCGCCAGUAUUAGCAGAACUUCUCACGUUAAUAUUGUUGCGCUUUUAGGAUUUUGUUUCGAAGGUUCUAAAAAAGCUCUCAUUUAUGACUUCAUGCCUAAUGGAUCUCUUGAAAAGUUCAUUGGCCACAAUGCUUCCUCGUCUCAAGAAUCUUGGUUAGGAUGGGAGAAAUUGUUUGAGAUCGCUCUUGGGAUAGCUCGAGGGCUAGAGUACUUGCACCAAGGUUGUAAUACGAGGAUUUUGCAUUUGGAUAUCAAGCCUCAGAACAUUCUUCUGGAUAAGGACAUGAAUCCAAGGAUUUCAGAUUUUGGGCUUGCUAAACUGUGUCCUAACAGAUCAAGCAUAGUCUCUAUGAUUAUGGCAAGAGGUACUAUAGGAUACAUUGCCCCUGAAGUGUUUUCUAGAAACUUUGGAGAAGUCUCGUACAAGUCUGAUGUGUAUAGUUAUGGAAUGUUGAUUUUGGAAAUGGUUGGAGGAAGGAGAACCAUUGAUCCGAGAGAUGCCGAUUGUUCGAGUGAGAUAUACUUCCCACACUAUCUCUACAAGCAGCUUGAGAUGAAUGCAAAAAGAGAUGGCAAUCUUUGUAGAACAAUGAAUGAAGAAGAUGAAAGCCAACAUGUGAAGAGAAAUUUGACAAUUGUAGGGUUGUGGUGCAUUCAGACAAACCCUAAGGACCGACCAUCGAUGACAAAGGUCGUAGAGAUGUUGGAAGGGAAAAUUGGAACUUUGGAAGUUCCGCCUAAGCCUUACCUUUACUCACCACCAAGAUCACCACAAAGCUUUACAACCUUUGAAUCUUUAUAAUAUUCUGCUUAAAUU